AGAUUUAAAAAGUGAAGACCAUUCUCUCCUUUUUUCUAUUCCUCUUGAAGAAUCCUCCACUUUAAAAGUUGAAGAUGACGAAACUUUUCUCCCGGCAAAGCAUAAAGCUACUAUAGAAACAGACUCGGAGAUAAAAAAGGAAAAAAUUAUUGAAAAGCAUACUCUAGACAACGAUGACUCCAAUAUAAAAAAAUUUCAUAGUAAUAGUGAUAAUAAUAAUAGUAAUAGUGUUGGUAAUAAUAAUAAAACGCAAUAUGUUUUAGUUUAUGACGAAAAUUUAAACACGCAGAAGUACACAAUCGAAGAGUGGCACUUACUGCAAAAAGAAAGGGAGGACUGGACUACCGAAAGGUCUUCUGAUUGCUCACCUAUUCUCCUCUCUCCACGGGACGAGUCCACUUUAGUUGAGGAAAAUGAUUUUUCCUGUCCAAUGGAUGAUGCUGUACUUAACCAGCUAUCCAAUGAAAUGAAGUUAUCUUUGCUGAACACUCUUGCUGAAGAUACUUGCGAUACUUUUGCAAUCCGAGCGAGCACACAACGGGGAGUUUUUUUGGGCUCAUAUUUGAACAGCGCCAACCGAGAACGUCUGCGAGUUGUAGUGAAAAUUUUGGGAGGAAAAAUUGUUAAUCAGUACGAAGAGCAAGUCACUCACAUUAUUACUACAACUGACGAAAACAACUAUUGUAGAAGAACUCUUAAGUAUAUACUUGGCCUUUCUCACGGCUGCUGGAUAUUGAGUGCAGCGUUUUUACGAAAUUGUAUUAAAGAAAAGCGCUACGUUAAUGAAGAAGACUUUGAAGUUUCCUGCUGCCAAGUGGUAGGCGGAAAACUUAAACCGCCUUAUAGUAUUCCUCGUUAUAGUCGAGAGAAUUAUAAUAAGAAGACAAAUCUUUUUUCUCGUUUUACUUUCAAAGUUGAUAAAAGGAUUACAGUACCUCCUCCAUCUUAUUUAGAAAUCAUGAUUCAAAAUCAAGGAGGAAUGCUGUAUACUGAUCAAAAUAAUCGUACCGAACUUAAAGGAAAUUAUUACUUUGUAAGUGAUGAUCUUCCCCGACAAAGACAUUGUAGGGUCGUCCCCCCCCGUUGGAUUAUCGAUUGUAUUUGCUAUCAAAAAAUCCGGCCUUUGUCAAAAUACUUUCAUUAG